CGGGCAACUUCAAGUUCUACAGUUGGCUACCCCGAGAUGUUGAACGGUUGGCAACUUCUUUACCUAGCGGAAGAAUGGCGGACGCACCGAAGGAAACAACGGCCCCUCCCUCUAAAAAGCUGCCGGCAGUACCGGAGUCGGUACUUAAGAGAAGGAAAACCCGUGAAGCGGUGAAAGCUGCACGUCUUCAAAUAUCUCUCAAGCAACGUGCAAAUCAAUACAAGAAGAGGAAAGAAAUCUUCAAGAGGGCUGAAAAUUAUGUCAGAGAAUACAGAAGAAAAGAAAGAGAUGAAAUCAGGUUAAUGAGACAAGCGAAAAAUCGCGGUAACUAUUACAUCCCUGGAGAAGCGCGUCUUGCAUUUGUUAUCCGUAUUCGGGGUGUGAACCAAGUUGCUCCAAAAGUACGUAAAGUACUUCAACUUUUCCGCCUUAAACAGAUCAAUAAUGGUAUAUUUGUGAAGCUGAAUAAAGCAACAAUUAAUAUGCUUCGUAUUGUUGAGCCCUACAUCACUUGGGGGUAUCCAAAUCUGAAGUCGGUCAGAGAGUUGAUUUACAAAAGAGGAUUUGCUAAGAUUAAUAGGCAACGUAUUCCUAUUACAAGCAAUGCUCUCAUUGAGAAGAAACUUGGUCGUUCCGGCAUUAUUUGUGUUGAAGAUUUAAUCCACGAAAUAUUCACGGUGGGAUCAAAAUUCAAGUUUGCAAGCAAUUUCCUGUGGCCAUUCAAGCUUAACACACCCACUGGCGGAUGGCGUAAGAAGACUAACCACUAUGUUGAAGGUGGUGAUUUCGGAAACCGUGAAGACAAGAUCAAUGAGCUUCUCAGGGGAAUGGUUUAAAUUUAUAAAAAUCUUGAUAAAUAAAUGUUUAAAUACAAUAA